GGUUAGGAGUGCCAGUCAGGAGAGGUUUUAUGACACCCACUAUGGACCAAAGUCCAAAUGUGGGCCUCCAACAGUUGUCAGUCCAUCAGAGCUGUUGGGCCUGACCACCGCCUGGCUUUUCUCUGGCUCUCCUGCUGUGACUGUCUUGUCUCUUGGUCAUUGCAACAAUGAAGAUCAAACUAAGCUGACUGUAGCAUUCAUGUCCCAAGAAGAUGGACAUACCUGGUUAUUACACACAACAGCCCCAGCCUCCUGCCCAUUUCUCUGGUAGCCAUCCAGAGGAUUUGUUAACCCAGGAGGGUUCAUCAACAUCUCAGGAACAAAAGACUGAGGCAGACAGUCGGUCAGAGUCAGAGGAGAGCUGUCCGGUUUGUGGUGACAAGGUGUCAGGAUACCACUAUGGACUGCUUACCUGUGAGAGUUGCAAGGGCUUCUUCAAACGCUCAGUGCAGAAUAACAAGCAUUAUACCUGUUCAGAGCAACAACGCUGCCCAAUGAACCUGUCCCAAAGAAAACGUUGUCCUUUCUGCCGCUUCCAGAAGUGUCUGGCUGUAGGCAUGAGAAAAGAAGCUGUAAGAGCAGAUCGUAUGAGAGGUGGCAGGAAUAAGUUUGGGCCUCUGUACAGACGCGACAGGCAGAUGAAACAGCAAAAGGCAAACACAGAUCCCUACAGGAUUAAAAUGGAAACAAGGCAAACGCCUGGUCCCCAAUCUCCAAAUGACCAUCAAACAAGUGGCCCAACAAGCAAUGCAUCGUCUUCAGCUGCUUUUCAUCUAUCCCACAUUAUGUAUCCGUCUGGGAUGGAGCGAAGUUGUCAACCCAUGCCUCUGGACUGUACCAUGAACAAUCAUAGAGGGCUAUCACCUUCAUCCAUGCCUUUCCGUGGACUUUGUUGUAGUUUCCCUGAAUACUCGCAGGAUAAAGGGGAACCCAGCUUCAGCUACAAUCCCGCUCCCACACACUUUUCAGUCCACACAUUCACACCAACACGCACACCAACAUCUUCCCCCUGCUCCACACCAAACUCAGCACCUGCUAUUUCCCAGGCUGGUACUCAGACAACACCUCCACCAACCACUCCUUCUCCCAACUUCCUUAUCCAGCUCCUGGAGGGUGAACAAGAUGAGGGUCAGCUAUGCACCAAAGUCUUGGCUAGUCUGCAAAGAGAGCAGGCCAAUCGAGGGAAGCAUGACUGCCUAAAUACAUUCAGCAUCAUGUGCAAAAUAGCUGACCAGACUCUGUUUGGACUUGUGGAGUGGGCCAGAAACAGCAAUCUCUUUAAAGAGCUCAAGGUGGAUGAUCAGAUGUCGCUGCUGCAAAGCUGUUGGAGUGAGCUGCUGGUCCUAGACCACCUCUGCAGACAAGUCACUCAUGGAAAAGAAGGUUGUAUUUAUCUGGUCACAGGUCAACAGAUUGAAGUGUCAACCAUUAUGUCCCAGGCUGGAACGAAUUUAAGUAGUUUAGUAUCAAGAACCCAAGACCUUGUUUUCAAACUUAAGGCACUCCAGUUUGACAGACACGAGUUUGUUUGUCUUAAAUACCUUGUCCUGUUCAACCCAGAUGUGAAAUCAGUCCAGAACCGCAGACAAGUAGAGCAAACUCAGGAGAGGGUGAACAGAGCUCUGAUGGAACAUACCCAGCAGAGCCACCCGGGACACUCGGACAAGUUUGGGCAGUUGCUUCUUCGGCUCCCAGAAGUGCGCAGCAUUAGCUUGCAAGUUGAGCACUAUUUGUACCAGCGUCACCUUCUUGGAGAUUUACCCUGCAACUCUCUACUUGCGGAGAUGCUGCACGCUAAGCACAACUAGGAGGGUGUUGAAGUUUGAAAAAUUAUCACCUUCAAAGAUGUUCUAAGAUGAAGAUGGGUCAUGCUAUGAGGUUUCUUUAUCAGUGUUAAACUAGGACCCAGGUGUCAUCUUAUUUCAUGUAAACAGGAAAAGCAAAACUGUUCAACAAAAGCAAUAAAAUACAUUCAGUAAAGUCAA